AUCGUUGUCAAACGGCUUUUUUGUUUUUAUUUUUUAUUAUUCUACUAUUAACUAUUAUUCUGGAAUUCUGGAUUUAACAGUCGUCCGUUUUCCAACCUCCACGAGAACAAAACGUGACUACGUGAACAGUGAGCACUAUCGUCUUUCACUAAUUAUUUACUAUUAAGUAAUGAGCGACAAGCAUAGUACGAAUAUUAAAUAGUGACAACUGACAAGAUCAACCCAAAAGGUUAAAACUUCGAAGAAGAAACGGAAAAGAAACACGAUUUGACACAGUUUGUAUUUUUGUUAAUCAUCAAUUAUAUUUUUAUAAUGGCUGUGGUUGGAGUAAAGCAUAAAAUUGAAUCUCAAAAUGAAGUUGUUCAACACAUAGAAAAAACAAUGAAAGAAAUUUAUACUAAACGACCUACAAAUUAUCAGUGGAAACUAAGCGAUUUUGAAAUUGGAACACCACUUGGUCGUGGAAAAUUUGGUCGUGUAUAUCUUGCUCGGGAAAAAAAUACGGAAUAUAUGGUUGCUUUAAAAAUGAUGUUUAAAUCAGAAUUGGUAAAAGAUCAUAUGGAACAUCAAGUGCGACGAGAAAUUGAAAUUCAAACACAUCUUAAUCAUCCCAACAUUCUAAAAAUGCUGACUUAUUUUUGGGAUGAGAAGAAAAUAUAUUUAAUUUUAGAAUUUGCCCAAGAAGGUGAGUUAUUUAAAGUAUUGAACUCACAGCCGCAUAAACGUUUUGAUGAACCAACAGCUGCAUAUUAUUUACGUCAAGUAGCUGAUGCUUUAAGAUAUUGUCAUUCACAAAGUGUUAUUCACAGAGAUAUAAAACCAGAAAACCUUUUGUUGUUUAGUCAUCAUGUUAUUAAGUUGGCAGAUUUUGGAUGGUCUGUCCAUGCACCAUCGAAAUGUCGAAACACCAUGUGUGGCACUAUUGAUUAUUUACCACCAGAGAUGGUUGACUCUCAAACGUAUAAUGAAUAUGUUGACAAUUGGUGUUUAGGAGUGCUGUGUUAUGAAUUCUUGUGUGGAUCACCACCAUUUGAAAGCUCAGAACAGGCAGAAACUUUUAGAAAAAUCCGUGCUGUGAUGUAUGGUUUCAAACCUCAUAUGAGUGAGAGCUCUAGAAAUUUAAUUUCAAAGCUUUUGGUUAAAGUUCCAAAGUCUAGAUUACCACUAACUGAUGUAAUUGAACAUCCCUGGAUUAAAAAAAAUAGUGAAAUAUUUACUAAAACUAAACUACAAUUAAAAUAGUUUUAUUAAUCAUUAGUUUUAUAUUUUCUACUAAUAAGUCAUUCUUAAAAGUAAAAUUAUUUUCAAACUUAAUUGUACAUAGAAUAAUAAUAUACAAUUAACUAUAAUAAUAAUAUCUGUCAUUAUUGUAAACAUAAAAAUGCAUGUUAAUUUUAUUACUACUAUUUUUUUAUAUUAAUUUUU